GUUUAAGAUUAUAUGAGAAGGUCUAACAUUGCAUAUGAUUAUUGAUUGACUACUGUUGCUUAUAUCGAUGGAUUUAUGAUAAAUUGGAAAUGCCAUUAUAUGAAAUUACUCUAAUUACCCGGUCUCUGGCUAAGCCUGAAUUAUUUACCGCAAUACGUCGUGCCGCAAAAGUUCUGCUUGAUAAUGGUGCUAUAAUUGAAAAAUUGGAGAGCCUUGGACAUCGUGACCUGCCGUUUAGACGAGUGAGAAAGCAAACGACGGAACAUAUAUACACGUCAAACUACUUCCUAAUUAAAGCAUUCAUGCCACGCGAAGUACGCGAUACAACAAAUACAAUAUUACGCAACGAUCUCGACUUAGUUCAUGUUGUCUAUGUGAAUGAAAAGCCGAAAGAGCCGAUUCAUUGUAAUCUGGCACAACUGUUAAAGCCACCAUCACAAAGAGAAUCAGUAAAAGCUUUACGAGACAAUCAAAAGUUAGGGCAUUAUACACGACAGAUGAUUUACAAACGAACAGAAAAGGAAUGGAAGGCUAUUCCAAAAUCUUAUCCAAUAGCAGAACCGGAGAUUAUCGGUAGACCUAAACCACAAAAAUAUGAUUAGCCUAAAUAGAUUCGAACGGUGAUUGAGGGAUAGAUUGUGAAGUUAGACUGUUUUUGUUGUUGUUUCGUAAUCUUCUUCAGCAGUCCAAAUA